AUGGAAUAGGAAAGAAAACGCUCUUGGUAAAAUGGAUGGAAUACCAUGCCAGGAAUAAAAAAGGGGUAAGAUUAUAGUAAAUAAUAGCGAUAUCCUGAUUUCAUCAUUCCUCAUUUUGCUACUUAGUCGGGCAAAAAUAGCAAUUAUUAUUAUGCAAUAUAUAGAAUCCUAAUCAAAUUAAGAGAAGCAUUGAAUAUUAAACAAAAAGUGGAGCUUUUGGAAGAGAAAUUGAGACGUUACUUUUAAUAUUGGUUAGAAAUAUGUAGUAGACAAUUAGAAUAGCAGAUUAUCAAUGGAGCAGAAACAAUCUAUGAUAAAGUUAUUCUGGUGUUUGAGGGCAUUGACAACUUUAGAGAAAUCCUGGAUAUGCAUAGAGAAGCCAACGUCAAUUUUUGGUUGCCAAAAUACUUUCCAACUAAUAUCAAAGUAAUUGUAACUGCUGAAAGACAAUCCUCUUCGAUGAGAUUACUUAAACCAGAUUGCCAAGUGAUUCCUAUUGUGUCUGAUAAAGCAUACAUGAAAUAGAUGGUUAAUAAUCAUUUGGGGAAGAAUUUAUUUAUUUAAGAAUUUGAUCAUAUUUUAGAUAUAUUCAUACAACUCAAUUACAAAGUUAGAAAUUAACCUCUCUUUGUAAGAUCCUACUUUUCUGUAUUUGUGCCCUACCCAACAGAUGGAGUAGUCGAAGAAAAUGAAAUAGAUAUUUCAUUCAUUCAAAAAAUCCUUAACUCUCUAACUCUUGAUCACUUUAAGAAGAUGAAAGUUGUUGAGGACUUAUUUCAAUUCUAAUUAGAAAUAUUCUCAAAAGCAGAAUUGCUUGAUAAAGAAAAAUUCAAAAAUGUCCUUCUUGUCUUAGCCUUAACCUAAAAAGGAUUGACAUAUCAAGAAAUAGAAUCAGUUUGUGAUAUCACAUAGUAGGAAUGGAAACGAUUUCUUGUUUUCUUUAAGGUUUAUAUAAUGAAACAUAGGGAUUUAUGGUUAAUACAUAAUGAAAUAUUUAAAAAAGUGGUUAUCAAUCAAUAUUAUACAGAUGUACAUAGUAUUUUGGAGCUUCAUGAUAAAAUUGCUGCAUCGAUUGAUAAGAUCACUCCAAACUCAAUUAGAAAACUGGAGGAAUAAAACAUUUCAAUUAUUUAGUGCAAAGAAUUACUUCGCCCUAAAAGAAGUUAUAAGUAUAAUCGAAAACUUCUUACUCUUGUUUAAUCCUUCUAAUAAAUAUGA